AUGGCGCCGAAUCUUGCAGAGUCUCAAUACCCAGUGAUUGGCGAUAUGAUCCAUAGUAUAAGGUCGUUAUUAUCCAGAGCCUGUAGCGAACGUUUCUGCUAUAUAGUACGCCACCCGGUUACUUCCAUUGAUAUUAGGCCCGAUCAGGAUACCUUGGAACGAAGUGGAGGAACGGACAAAGUCCCAACCUUGGAUCGACGGCUGAAGCAGCUCAAAUUCCUAAUUGAAGAUGGAGCCAAGUAUAAGGAGGAAAUUGAAGCCGAGAAAGCUAUACCUAAAAAGCGAGGCACACUAUCUAUUAAGCAGAGAUUUACUAACCUCCUCUUCCCCUAUACGAUUAAGUAUAAGAGGAAGAAGGCUGGGAAGGGGAAGAAGGGGAAGAAAGGGAAGAAGGCUAAGAACGGGAAGAAAGGCAGGAAGUACUACGGCCUCCCCAUCCUAGUUAUACUUCCUAAGGAGGUAACAGAAACGAGGGUUAAAGGAGCAGAUUAG